AUGACAUCUCAACCACAAGAUCCCACCCCUUCAUCGCACAUACACACGGCUCUCCGUCGACCAAAUCAAGGAAACACAGUGAAUCACAAGAAUGAAGACUCGGAGUCGCCAUCAACGCCGCAAAAGGCUUGCACAAACAAAAUCUCUUCCCCGAGCUCUUUACGCCGUUCAUCCCGGUUUCUUGCUCACGAAUUUGUCGCUAACAAGAAGAUUAACUCCCGCAGGUACAAGGCCAAGGCCAAAGACGAGCCCGGGCUCGAAGAGAAGGUCAACGACCUGAAUGCAUUCAUCAAAGCCUCCAAAUUCGGCAUGAUGACCACCCGCAUCGCCGACUCAGGCCUCCUAGUCUCCCGAGCCAUGGCACUGGCUGCUCAGGAAUCCGGCGGUCUGGACCUCCUCUUCCACACGAACACGCAAUCCGGCAAGACAUCGGACCUCGAUUCCGAUGCGCACGUGAACGUGGCCUUCCUCGCCUCGGACGGCAGCUGGGCGUCGAUAUCCGGGACCGCGAGCGUGGUGACGGACCGCAGCACCGUGUCCAAGUACUACAGCCCGGCGCUCAAGACUUGGCUGGGCGACCUGGGCGACGGCGUGCACGACGGCGGCGAGAACGACCCGCGCAUCGGCGUCAUUCGCGUCAAGGCCGUCACGGCUACGUAUGCGGUCAGCAAGGGCACUGCGAUCGGCCGGGGCAUUGAGAUGGUCAAGGGUGCGGUCACCGGCGAGGUCGCCAACGUCAAUGAUCUCAGGGAGAUCGAUCAGAAGGAGGUUGAGACUUGGAGGAGUCAGCAUGCUUAG